AUGGUCUCUGCCAAGUCAGUCACUUUGUUCGGCAGCAUGCUGCUGGGCAACGUCAUGGGCGCCGACAACAUGGGCCCGGCCGCUUUCCUCUGGCCCCCAGACCGUGAGUGGUCUGCCGACGCCGACAACACGGCCCCUUGCGGAUCCACCAACGGUCCCGGUGUCCGCACCGAGUUCCCUCUCAUGAAUGGCAAGCUUGCCCUUGUGACCCAGGACAUUACCCGCUCCGUCCACCUCAGUGUCUCCUACGAGAACGACCCCAAGUCCGUCUCCGACUUCGAGACCUUCCUCGGCCCCAGCGAGGUCGGCAGCCUCGACCUCGGCCACACCUGCGUGACGGUCCCCAGCGCGCCAUCAGGAACCGCCGCCGGUUCCAACGCGACCUACCGCAUGCUCUACGUCUCCAACUUUGACCAGGACGAGUCCAAGCGCGAGACCUACUACGCCUGCGCCGACGUCACCUUCGUCGAGGUCUUUGCCGCCUCCAUCCCCUGCUUCAACGCCACCGUCAGCGACCCCGACGUCGACGUCGACACCACCGUCAACGUCACCACCACCGACUCGGGCGGCAACACCCCGCACACCGCCGCAGACUUCACCGCCACCGGCGAAUCCAAGAGCUCCGGUCUCUCCAAGGGCGCCAUCGCUGGUGCCGCUGUCGGUUCCAUUGCCGGUGUCUCUCUGCUCGCCCUUGCUGGAUUCUUCUUCUGGCGCAAGAAGGCUGCCAAGAAGGAAGCUGUCACUGAGCCCAUGCAGCAGCGCUGGGAUGCCGAGAAGGCUGUCAGUGACACUUCUUCCGUCAACAGCCGUCUCCAGCACUAA